ACAUGGGGCAUUCAAGCUCAAGAAGCUGAUCGCUAGAAAUUAAACUUUAUUCCUCUGGAGUCAAUGCGGCUAAUGAGUUCUGACGGCAUUUUUGGGGACUUUGUAAGACAUGUCCAUAAUAAAUGGCUGUUGAAACCAAGAACUGCGUUAAGCCUCGAUUAAACUCGAGAGGAGUAACACUAUAACAAGCUGCUCUCUGACGCCCCCUCGUGGCCGCGUGAACCGGUCCAGUCAAAGUCAGCAGACAUGAAGGAAGCAGCUGCUCAGCGUCUGAUCUUUCUUAUCUCACUGCUGUUCUGGACAUCAGGUCAAGUCCUCCCAGUUCGUCUGACUGUGAUUCCCAGCAGAUCUCAGUUCUUUGAACAUAAAUCAGUGACUCUGAUCUGUGAGGAUGAAAACAGAUCUGAUGGAUGGACUGUGAGGAGAAACACAAGCAGAGGAAACAGGACUGAGUGUAAAGAUGGAUGGGGAACACCAGCUGGUUCUACCUGUAACAUAAACUACCUUCUCCCAUCAGAUACUGGUCUGUACUGGUGUGAGUCCAUGUCUGGAUCCUCCAGCAGCAGCAGCAGCAUCCAGCUCUCUGUCUCUGGUGGAUCAGUGAUCCUGCAGAGUCCUGUCCUCCCUGUGAUGGAGGGAGAUGACGUCACUCUGAGCUGCAGAGCAAAGAAUCCAACCCACAACCUCCCAGCUGCUUUCUAUAAAGAUGGCUCCUUCAUUGGUAAUGAAACUACUGGCAACAAGAUUCUCAACUCAGUGAAGAAAUCUGAUGAAGGCCUCUAUAAAUGUAAUGUCAAAGGUCAUGGAGAGUCUCCAUCCAGCAGGAUCUCUGUCAAAGAGAAACCUCCAACCACCUCUCCACCCUCCUCCUCCUCCUCUUCCUCAGAGAAACUCACCAACAUCUCUGACUCUACAGUCACACCUGGUCCAGGUUCUUCCUCCGUCUCUCUCCCAGUGUUGCUUCCCAGUGCAUCUCUUUGUGUUUUGGUUUUCCUGUUUUUACUGGUUCAACUGGUCGUAUAUUUGUACAGCAAACCUAAGGUGAUGAAGGAGGAAGAGGAGAGGAUGACAUCACUUCCAGAAACAUCAGGAUGUUCCAGAGGAAACAGAAGAAAAGCAAACCAGGAACAGGAAAUGCUCUGAGGCGGCGCUGCUUCACUACUGUUCUGUACGCCACCAUGACA